CCGCCCCCUCCGCACGUGUGUGCCUGGUGCCCGCGGCCCCCGGCGCAGGCGCGCAGCCCCGGCACCAUGACGCUGGAGGCGCUCCGCUACUCGCGGGGCUCCCUGCGGAUCCUCAACCAGCUGUCGCUGCCCCAUGAGAGCCGCUACGAGGCGGUGGGCUCGGUGCGCCAGGCCUGGGAGGCCAUCCGCGCCAUGAAGGUGCGCGGCGCCCCGGCCAUCGCCCUCGUGGGCUGCCUCAGCCUCGCUGUGGAGCUGCAGCGGGGUGCCGGGGGACCCGGGCUCGCCGCGCUCCUGGCCUUCGUGCGCGACUCGCUGAGCUCCCUGGUCACCGCCCGGCCCACCGCGGUCAACAUGGCCCGCGCCGCCCGCGACCUGGCCGCCGCCGCGGCCCAGGAGGCCCAGCGGGAGGGUGCCACCGAGGACGAGGUCCGGGAGAGGGUGAUCCGCUGCGCCGAGCUCAUGCUGGAGAAGGACCUCAGGGACAAUCGGAGCAUUGGAGACCUGGGAGCCCAGCACCUCCUGGAACGGGUGGCCCCCGGGGGCGGCAAGGUGGCUGUGCUGACCCACUGUAACACCGGUGCACUGGCCACCGCUGGCUACGGCACGGCCCUGGGUGUGAUCCGCUCGCUGCACAACCUGGGUCGUCUGGAGCAGGCCUUCUGCACGGAGACCCGGCCCUACAACCAGGGAUCCCGGCUGACAGCCUUCGAGCUGGUGUACGAGCAGAUCCCCGCCACCCUGAUCGGCGACAGCAUGGCAGCGGCUGCCAUGGCCCACAGGGGCGUGUCAGCCGUUGUUGUGGGAGCCGACCACGUGGUUGCCAACGGCGACACGGCCAACAAGGUGGGCACCUAUCAGCUGGCGAUCGCCGCCAAGCACCACGGCAUCCCCUUCUACGUGGCUGCCCCCAGCUCCUCCUGCAACCUCAGCCUGGAUACGGGGCAGGACAUUGUCAUCGAGGAAAGGCCAGGCCAGGAGCUGACCGACAUCAACGGGGUCAGGAUUGCAGCACCCGGAAUUGGGGUAUGGAACCCUGCCUUCGAUAUCACCCCCCACGAACUCAUCACCGGCGGCAUCAUCACAGAGCUGGGCGUCUUUGCCCCCGAGGAGCUGCGGGCGGCCCUGAGCUCCACCAUCUCAUGACGGGGGGGGGGCCUAAACAGACCCCCCGGGGUAACCAACCAGCUCUCCCUACUUGCCCCCAACUCCUUUUAUUUUAUAACAAAUUUAUUGAAUGGCCGGCCCACGAGCUGACUUUCUGUCCGUGUCCACACUUCUUCCCAGAGCAGGGAGAAAGCACAGGGCUUUAUGUAGCCCUUACGAGCUCAGCAGCUGGAAUCAGGCCGCCAGAGUUCAAACCCUGGCUCUGCCACUUGUUGCUGUGUUAUCUGGAGCCACUCACUUCACCUGUUUGGGCCUUGGUUUCCUCAUUUACAAAACCAGGGAUGAUACGAGUACCUGCCUUUUAACGUGGCUGUCAGGGCUGGGACUGAAGUGACACCCUGGGGGCAGAACUUCAAAGGGAUGCCAGAAAGCUCAGCCAUCAAAAUAAAUUGUGUUUUAAUGCAAUAA